AUGCAACAGAUGGAAAACUUGAUACUCUGUCACCCGAGGGCGUCUUCUGGUCAAGAUCCCAGUCAAGCGAUAAUAGUCAAAUGUGAAGUUCCGCAGACUAUUCCCAAUGACCAUGUCCUGCUAGAAGUCGACCGCUUCGGUUUCUCCGCAAACAACGUGACGUAUCAAGCUUUGGGCGAGGCUCCGCACUUCAGGUAUUUUGAAUUCCACCACACUCCAGAGGCAGAAGGUGUUUCCUCAAAAACUCAUGGCGUGACUCCUGUGUGGGGUUUUGGUACUAUCAUCAAGUCCACGCACCCUAAAGUUCAUCCUGGAGAUAUGCCUUCUUUGUGCCCCGGCCUCAUCUUCCUCCAGAUUACGCGGUGCGCCUCGGACCCAUUGUAUGAUCCAUCACCGACUGCGGAAGAUCUCACAAUGCUCUAUCGUCCUCUUUUCUGGACUUCGUUUUGGUGCGAGGACUGGCUCAAUUCGUCCAAUUACAAGGGAGGGUCUACUCAGAUCCUUACAUCUUCCGCCUCUUCAAAGACUGCCUUCUGUCUGGCCUAUCUGAUUCGUAGACGUAACUCUCUACAGGGGAGUUCGACGAGACGGGUUAUUGGACUGACGUCAACGAAGAAUCUCGCUUUUACGAAACGUCUUGCCCUGUACGACGACGUUUUUGACUAUGAGUCAUUUGAUACGUCACUUGUCGGGAACCUCGCACGGGGACACUGGAUAUAUGUAGAUGUCGCAGGUAACAAUACACUUAACGCCAGAGUGCGCGACCAUUUCCGUGCAUGUGACGACUCUGAGCUCGUCACAUGCAUUGCGCUCGGUUUGACGAACGUAUCAGCUUCCACAAUCGAACCCUCGUCUACUAGCUGGGAUUCAGGUUCAGAGGCUCCGCAGGGAGACGACCUAAAGCUAGAACCAUUUUUCAUGCCUGAAUGGCUUGCUAUCCGCAAGCAACAGCUUUCGGUUUCUGCGAUUACUCAGAUGCAGAAGGAAGCCUGGACCAGGCUCAUGUCCGACUGUGGAACUUGGGGUGUGUCACUUCGGAGGGUUUGUGGUUCUGACCAGGUGAAGGCUGCAUAUGAAGAAAUAGUUAGGCAUGGACUAGCACCAGAGGACGCGUUCGUAUGGAGUCUGUGGGGGGAGACCAGGGAGUAUGGUUCAGGGGUGAAGUUAUGA